GACUGCUAGUCGCGGCGGCGGGGUCGAGCGGGGGUGGCAGUUGACAGGCGCUCCUCUCCCAACCGAGGCUGCUGGUGCUCGACUAGGCUGGCGGCCCCAGCUCUCGUCCCCACGUCUCAGCCCGCGAGGCGCCAGGGCCGCGCCGGGGCAUGGACGAGGGGAAGAUGGACGAGAAUGAAUGGGGGUACCACGGUGAGGGCAACAAGAGCCUGGUGGUGGCCCACGCGCAGCGCUGUGUUGUGCUGCGUUUUCUGAAGUUUCCUCCAAGUAGGAAGAAGACUUCAGAAGAGAUAUUUCAGCACUUGCAGAACAUAGUGGACUUUGGCAAAAACGUCAUGAAAGAGUUUUUGGGGGAUAACUAUGUUCAUUGUGGGGAAGUUGUUCAGCUGCCUUUAGAGUUUGUGAAACAGCUUUGUUUAAAGAUACAGUCUGAAAGACCAGAAUCUCGCUGUGACAAGGACCUCGACACUCUCAGUGGUUACGCUAUGUGCCUUCCCAAUUUAACCAGGCUUCAGACCUACCAUUUUGCAGAGCACCGGCCAAUUCUGUGUGUAGAGAUUAAGCCAAAAUGUGGGUUUAUUCCUUUCUCGAGUGAUGUCACUCAUGAGAUGAAGCAUAAGGUGUGUCGGUACUGCAUGCACCAGCACCUCAAGGUAGCAACUGGGAAGUGGAAGCAGAUAAGUAGAUACUGUCCCCUUGAUCUCUACUCAGGAAAUAAACAGAGAAUGCACUUUGCUUUGAAGAGUUUGCUGCAGGAGGCACAGAACAACCUGAAGAUAUUCAAGAACGGCGAGCUGAUCUAUGGCUGCGGAGAUGCGCGGAGCCCCGUGGCCGACUGGAGCGAGCUGGCGCACCACCUCAAGCCCUUCUUCUUCCCUUCCAACGGCCUGGCCGGCGGCCCCCAGUGCGCACGGGCCGUGGUCCGGGAGCUGGUGCGCGUGGUCGCGCGCGUGCUGCUGAGCGGCGCCGACAAGGGCUGGCCCGGCGCCCUGAGGCCGGGGCCGCGGGGCCCGCGGGUCUGCGAAGCCAGCCCUUUCAGCAGCAGCCUGCGGCGCCAAGGAAAAAACACCCCAGAGUGCUCGGGGUUACCGAAGGGCUGUCUUCUGUACAAAACCCUCCAGGUGCAGAUGUUGGACCUGCUGGACAUCGAAGGCCUCUACCCUCUAUACAACCGGGUUGAACAGUACCUGGAGGAGUUUCCCGAGGAGAGAAAAAGGUUACAAAUAGACGGACCUUAUGAUGAAACGUUUUACCAGAAGCUGCUUGAUCUUUCCACUGAGGAUGAUGGGACGGUGGCCUUCGCAUUAACAAAGGUGCAGCAGUACCGAGUUGCCAUGACUGCUAAGGACUGCUCCAUCAUGAUCGCUCUCUCCCCUUGUCUGCAGGACACAAGCUCUGAUCAAAGGCCUGUCGUCCUUUCAUCGAGGUCCAGGUUCACCUUCUCUGUGUCUGUGCUGGACCUCGACCUCAAGCCCUAUGAGAGCAUUCCUCACCAGUAUAAACUUGAUGGCAAGAUAGUCAACUAUUAUUCAAAGACUGUACGUGCCAAAGAUGAUGUCAUGAUGUCAACUCGGUUCAAGGAAAGCGAUGAUUGCACAUUAGUUCUACAUAAGGUCUAACUUUUUUUCCUGCAGUGUCUUUGAAACUUGAACAUAGAAUGUGAAGGUUGAAUGACAGAGCUGUUGCUGUGUUGGGUGGCUUUUGGCUGUGAAUGUUUUUGCUUUUAACCCCUGUUGAGGUGGGAUUGCCUGUUGGAGACAUGGAAUCAAAGAGCACUAGAAACAUCUUCCAAGACAAGGAAUGUAGGACGUGAGUGCUGUGUCCCAGGAAGCUGCUCACGUUCUUAAAACGGAAGUGUCCGUUAAGCCCUGGGAAGACAUUCUGGGUAGUUCUUCCUUCCCAGCCAGGGCUCAUGUCUAAUUCUCUAAUGCAAAAAGCCUUAUUAUAAGACCCAAGGUUUGGAUUUCCUACCACCAGACUCCUAACAUAGAAAACUUGAAUUAUCACGUGCAUCUUACAGUUUGGACUUUAAAAAAACAUGGAUACUACUGGAACUUUUCCCCAGCUGAGUUACUUAGUCACUUUUUCAGUGCAAGCCACACAUCAACACGGGUUUAGGUGGUUCCCUGCUGCUUCAGGUGAUUAGUGGGGACGUCUGUUCUGAGUGAUCUAGACCCAGGGUCCCUGUGGAGGUGCCGAAGCCCAGGGCUCUGGAAGGGUCAGCAGGGAGCGCAAGACUCAGGUCAGGAUGGACACCACUCGUGUGAGCAUCGACUUUUUUUUUCUGCUUUACAAUUUUGUCUUUAACUUCAAGGGGAGAUAAGGCAUUCUUUCCCACUUGAAACUGCUGCUGUAGAAGCUGGAUGCGGAGCUGUAACUCGCUGAGCUACUGUGGCUGAGCUUGGGUGGGUGUGCCCCUGACGGCCCAAUGUUUUCCUGGCACUCUGGUGUUUUGGGUGGUGAAGGAAUGAAUUUUCCCUUCCUCCCAGACUGCAUUCCUCCCUUGGGUUUGCCCUGAGAUGUGUCAGGUUUGCAGGUCUCACAGCCUUGCCUGUUCCUGUUGGAGCUGCCAAAGGCAGGCCCUGCUUCUGGAAGAUGAAUGACUCCUGACUGGCGCCAAGAGGGUUCUUGUUGGGGUCACCAAAUGUGUGCCCGGCUGCUAUGAAAACUGUUAGGAAUCUUGGCUUCAGAUUUUUAUUCUAUGGUAGGUUGUACAGACUGAUUAUUAUUUAUAUCAUCAUUUUGAAGGACUAAUGAAGGCUUAUUGUAACAUAUAAUAUUAGCAAAACCAUGGAAUUGUAUGAAAAUGCUACAUGAAAAAUAUUUUGCUGAUUGUAAAUUUUUGUGGGAAAUUUUGUGAUAACUUGGCAAAUUAUACUUGUUUGAAUCAAGCCAACUCUUCUAGAGUUUAUUGUUCAAUUCUGUCCUAAUGUUUACUCCUAACUUUAUUCUGCACUCAGAAGUCCAAACAGAUACUUUUGCAUUUGGACACCUUUAAUUUUUUCUUCUGAUUUCAAAUGACAUCAUUUCUUAUACAUAUGCCUUGUAUGUGCUGGGCUGGGCUGGGGAGCUCUGGAGACACCACCUAAGUGAGGUGUGUGGAGGUCACACUCUCAUGGGUGAGGUGCAGGCUCUGGAGGACAUGGAGGGAAGUGGCUUUCAGUACUGUUUUGAUCCGCAGUAGUUGGCUGUUGCUGGUCCAGGGCUGGGGCAGCUUCGCUCGGGAUGAUUUUGCCUGGCACCAUGGUGCGUGGAGGACCCUGAGUCCUGGGUUUGAGUGCAUAUGCCAUUUCGCAUCCCUCUGUGGGAGGUGCUCUGGAACCCAAGCCUGUCAGGGAGGUGGGCUGGGUCCUCUUGGGUUGUGAAACUUACUGACCGGCAUGGGUCCCAGUUCUGGCUAGACUGGACAGUAUGCAAACAGCCUCUAUUUGGGGGAGAAAACAGAUGGAGCACCCCAUGACAGGCACUGCUGCUGUGGACGUGUCUCUGGCCCUCACCCUGAACCUACUGCUGUGCUCAGACUCCAGAAUGGCCCAACUGGUUAGAAAUAACAUACUUUCCCUGAUCCUAACAGCAUUAUAAUGGGUGGCUGAGGUGUUCACCAAAGUCACAGUUCUUAAAGCACGUCUGAGACUAUUGACAUAGCACUUGUACUCUGUGGGUGGGUCUUUAGCAAAGGGCCCAGUUUCCUUUGUGCCAGGCCUUGGGUGAAGGGAACAAUGCUGUCUUUGCUGGCUUAUGGCAUAUUUUUAAGCUAACAGCUCCACCUGUUUAUGGAAGACCAAGAUGAGUGUCAGGACUUGCUGAGGGAUGCUGUGAGUGCCGCCCGGUGCUGCUUUGCAGACCAGGAGGUGAGAAGGAUGCGUGUGCCUGCCCUGGGCUACCAAAGAAUGUUUACAAAGUGAUGCUCCACGGGCAACGGUUGCAAGCAUGCUUAGCACACCUUCUCAAGUGUAUGGGCACCUCUGCCCCAGACUUGGUACGAAGCGGAGGUGCAUGGGGACAGAGCUCCUCCUUGCACAUCCAAGGAUGGAUAACCACUCUUGGUACAUUUUCUCAAAUGUUAAGCUUAUUUUUUAAAACUACACUGUACACGUCACUUUUAUUUUGCAUUUUAUACUUAAAUAGCUGUAUUUAUAUUUCAUGUCAUGAGAGUUUAUAUAGAAUGUGCCAUAACCGCAUAGACAGCAUGUUUUAAGGGGGUGGUGUCUAAGCAGAAAAUAGCAAAUGUUUAUACUCAAUAAAAUCAAGUGCUUCUCAGUGCAGCAUCUCAUUCCUACACAUACACCAUUGGGGAACUAGU